CCUAGCGCAGAGGCGCAGAAAACGGCGAAAAAAAUAGAAGAAGGCGAAGAGACCUCCCGCGACCCAGCACAUCCCCCGGCAAGGGGUGGUGAGGAGGGUGGUGGUGGGGCUGGGCCCAUGUCGGAACUCAGACUCAAGGCUCUGCCCUCAUCGCUUUACAAACAGCAUUCCUGGUCCCCCGAUACGUAUCGGGAUGAGGCCUGGUUGAAACGGAAGAAGGGCAACAACAACAGAAGACGGAGCAAGAGCGUAACGGACGAGGACCUUGUCGAACUCAAGGCCUGCAUCGAGUUGGGUUUUGGUUUCGAUUCCGAUUCGCCCCAUCUCGACAGCAGGCUCUCCGAUACCUUGCCCGCUUUGGGUCUUUAUUAUGCCGUCAACAAGCAGUACAACGACAGCGUUUCCAAAUCACCGUCUUCGUCCACCGCCGCCUCCGAGUGCGAUGCAUCGUCGCCCUUGGGAAGCCCUCACACCAUAUUCACUCCAGGCGACAAUCCUCAACUGGUGAAAACGAGAUUAAGGCAGUGGGCUCAGGUCGUUGCUUGUUCGGUGCGGCAAUCUUGCUAAUUUCAGGCGAACUGAAAUACCAAACCGUCCACUGUCGGCUAGAAUCCCCGACCGACUUUGUUUAUUAAUUGAAAACCCUACAAAGAGCAAGAAAAAAAAAAAGAAAAAGAAAACUCAGCAAAUGAUGUAUUGACUUCUUUUCCUUUCGUUUGUUUAUAACUUUAUUCCAUUAUCACAUGUUUCUUUUUUCUAAUUUCCUA